CUGGGGUGCCCACGAGGUGCCCACGGCCACCCACCGUGCGACUCCUCGCCACACCCGCCCAAACACCUAUCAGCCGCAGCAUGGCCCCCCGAGCACAACUGCCUCGGAUGUCUGGGCUCCUACUACUACGACUCUGCUGGCGCGGGCGCGGUGGACGCGGCGCCUGGGUCGGUCCGCACGAUCAGCCCAGUCCUCCACUUCGAGAAGGAGUUCACGGUCUCGGAGAAGCAAGGGGAGCAGGUCCACCGGAGCCCCGUCUACAGCGACUUCACCAUCACGCUGCAGUUCCGGACCAAGGCGUCGCUGGAAGGAAGUGGGUCCGCGAUCCAGUGGCAUGGCGGCCACGGCCUCGUGGACAAUGAGCAGAACGGGGUGCGAGAUGAUUUCGGCGUAUCUUUUAAGCAUGGCGCCGUCCUGUUCGGAAUCGGCAACCCUGACACCACCAUCACCUCAAGGAUGGGAUUCGAUGAUGGUGAGUGGCACACAGUGGUGGCGAGCAGGCGUGCCAUGACUGGCGAGUUCUCGCUCUGGGUGGACGGCGAAUCGCAGGGCUCCAAGGUGGGAAACACGCACUACCUCAUGGACAAUCCAGAUCUCCUCUUCGGUGCUGUAGGCAAGCGGGACCGGAAUCGCUUCGUUGGGCGAAUGAGGAACAUCUCGAUCUAUGACACGGACCUUACCCCAGAGCAGCUUGAAGGGAGGGAGCCAGAAGGUGGUACCGUGACCAUCGUAGAGAAAUCGACAGGCUUCGUCAGUGCACCAGAUUAUGUGCACGCUUUGGGCACUGACGCUGAUCGCAUCCUGGUCUAUUUCCUCCCAGGGGCACUCAAAUCGCUAACAGUGGUACUGAAUUUCCUGUUUGACCUUGACCUUGAUCUGUGGGCGGACGGCAGGAUUCUCUUGAAUUUCUUAUUCGACAUCGAUGUGGCCGAUCAAUAAAUGCAGAUACCUGACUCUCUAGUCUUGCUGCCUUUGCUCUCC